AUGGAGAACCUCACCAACCUGGCUAGCCGCCAUCUCCUCGACCCCCAGUCUGAGUUUAACUCCUGGGGGCAGUCGACCCUGCUGGGUGAUCUGUUGGCUGGUCCAACCCCCCUCAUCGUCGCAUUCGACUGGGUUGUCACAAGCCUCGUGGUGACGAUGACCUGCGCCAUCGCGUCGACAGGGCGAGCGCCGGCGUUCGUCCUCCGCGUGGUGCUGACUCCGGAGUUCCUCUGGGUGGGCCUCCAUCGCACUGCGCUUAGUGUGAUGGAGUUAUGCAAGGCUGGACCUGCUGACCUUGUCAGCCGAUUCCCUCCUGUCUCCACGAGUGCGCUGGCCACACCUCUCGCUUGCGAUGAGAAGUGGAUUCAGCAAACCUUGGAGUUGCAAGAGUUCCUGUCAUUCGACAUGACGGUGGGGUGCGGGCACCCGGAAGACGUUGAUAUGGAUCUGCCGCCGAGUCCACCGGCCUUCGCAUUUCCAGAGGCCGCCGCCACGGGUCUCAUGCCUCCGCCUCCUCCUGCCCGUGCAGACCAGCCCAGGGUCAGGCGCCGUUACCGGGAUGAUGGCUCUGUCGAGUAUGAGCUCGACCAUCCCAAAGUCGAAGAGCGAUCGACUUCGCGCCUGGAUUGGGUCCCGGGUAAUCAGGAAUACGGCAAGUCCGAUUACCGACCUACGGGAGGGGGACUGACGUCGGGGGGUGAGACUCCGCCAUGGAAGCGCCAGAACGGGGUGGUUCCGUACUCACUGUUGUAA